AUGAUUAGUCAACGAAAGGAUGAUAGAGCUAUUGACGGAACAUGCGACAGUAGAGGUGUUGGUGGAGCUGGCGUCCUCGUCAACAUGAGUAUGAUGAACCUGGAGAGGCUCUACCGAGAAGAUCAUGCCUUCUACAGGGUCAUAAUUGGUGAUUUGAAAGCCAAAAUUGGCCCCAGAAGAACGCCUGGAGUACCUGGGAACCCACGUCCAACAAUGGAAUGA